AUGUCUUCAUCAGUAUUUAAUUUAUUAUUUAAUAAUAAUGAAUAUGUUAAUUGUAAUAAAUUUAAUUUAAUUAAAGAAUCAAUUCAAAAUGAAAAAUUGGAUUUGGAAUCAAAUCAAAACCAAAAACCAAAAAUUUAUCCAUUAAUAGAAAUAAAUGAAUCAAAUGAUAGCUAUAUUAUAGAAGUAGAAAUACCAGGAAUUCCAAUUAACCAAAUUAAAAUUUCAAUAAAAAAUUUUAUUUUAACCUUAAAAAUUUUCAAAACCAAUAAUAAUAAUAAUAAUAAUAAUAAUGAUAAUAAUAAUAAUAAUAAUAAUUCAAAAGAAAAAUAUAAAAAUAUUUUCUCUGAUAGAAAAUUUGGUGUAUUUGAAAGAAAUAUUAAUUUCCAAAAAGUAAAGGAUAAAAUUAUUAUUAGUAAUAUUACUUCAAAUUUAGACAAUGGUAUUUUGACUUUAAAACUAAAUAAAAAAAAAGGUUCACCAAUUUAA